UAGUUUUGCUUCCAUUUUGAUUAAGACACCAUUUGUUAUUUACAUUUACUUUGUAAGGGACUAAUGGAUUAAACAAUUGUUAAAUUACUAAUGCUUUAUGUGUUACUAAACCAAAUAAUCUGAUUUCCAGGUUGUGAAAUGUCCCUUCACUGGUGUUAAACUUUUUUUAACACCAAUGAUAUAGUCUUUAAUGUUGAUAAACCAUGCAUUGGUUCCUUACAGUUUCCAUAUACAAAUAUCAGAGUCACAGAUUUCACACUUCCCAAGAAUCUGCCAUGAAGUAUGUCAUGCAAUUAUAAAUGCAAAUUAUAUUCACAAAUAAAAGGUUCUUAACCUAAUCUCCAAAUCCAUGGUUUUUUAUGUUAAUUUGUUGUUGAUAAUUGGAUUAUGGUCCAGAUAAUCCACAGCUCAACGGUCAAACAGUCUAUACCGGGUUUGUAUUUUGCAUAAACAAAUUCAUGGGGAAAACUAAUCUCCAGAUUUCUUUUUUGAAAAACAUUAUUAUCUUUUGGACAGAAUUUCAUACUGAUAAAAGAGUGAAAAAGCUGAAAAAACAAUAAACACCAAUGGGAAACUUAAAGUUAAUCUUAUAGCACUUUAAAACAGACCUCUAUAUCUAUUAACUAUACUAAUGAUACUUGAUUUGUAUGGCAAUUCUCUUAUCAAAGUGAACAUAGAGUUUGUAUAAAUUCUCUCUAUUUUUAAGAUGUAGCCUCUGAUCUCAAUGGGCAGAGUAUUUAAAAUGUAAAGACUGAGCAAUCAGCUGUCUCUCUGGUGCCAGAAAGGGAUCAUUGGUGACCUUAACAAGGGCUGACCUGCAUGGAAAACUGUACCUUUACCCAUAAGUCUGAACAUUAUUAUAUGAUUUAUUAACCAUCAAUGAAGUCAUUAAUCCUUGUACAAUUUAUAAAUCCAUUACAAUGGUAAUUGGAAAUUCUUAUUAGAAAGUGGUACCAUCAUGUCUUACAGUGUAUUUGAGAACUAUGCAUUUUGUUUGAGAAGAUGCAUAAUAAUAUUACAUUGUUGUCCCUCCGUAGGUUGGGAUGUACCAAGUGAAAGAGAGGAAGCCCAGAUGGUGUGUUCCGGUCGGGAUUUUCGUCUUCCCGUUUACUCGACAUCCAGAACAGUGACUUUCACUCCAGACCCCGAGGGGCCGAGGCGUGUACUGCUGGACAAAACCAUUGUUAAGGACCCACGGUUUGAGUGGACCAGGGAUAAGAUGCUAGUCCUGAGAGAAGUGACUCAUGAGGAUCAGGGACUUUACUCCAUCAAACUGUCCUCUGGUUUCACCUAUGAAGCUGUUCGACUCACUGUUUCAGCAUGCAUUAAGUCCCAUCACAGAUUCUACGGGCAGAACUUUGAACACCACAUCCCUGAAAAUGGCUCCCUUCUGGAGUUUACUCCCUGGGGUGCUCCACCUGAGGCCAUGCCGGUUGUGCUGUGGAACCGGACGGACCCUGAGACCAGCGAUGCGGGCCGGGGGCGGCUGCGGGCCGGGAAGGUGUGGGUCGCAGAGAGAGUGACGCAAGCAGACCAGGGGAACUACACCGUGAGAAACGACAGGGGGAAGGUGGUGUCCCGCAGCACCCUGACUGUCCGCGGACGCUCCCUUAAUGUCACCCGCUUCUCCAAGGAGUCUCUAAACCUGCCCCUCUUUCUUCCUGUCCCUCAUGCACGCCUCAUUUUUACCCCCACCCGAUACCCUGACGAAUCCUCCCUGCGCCCUUAUGACCCCAAGCCCCCCCGUGGCCCUGUGCAGCUGAUCCGCGAGGGCCUCAUUACAGACCACGACAUGCGCUACAGGGGCCUCGUCUCUCUGGGCAGGAACGGCACCCUCAAUGAGGUCGUCAUAAUGAGGCUGAGUGCAAGGCAUGAUGGGCUGUAUGAGAUCAGAGAUGAGGAUGGAAACCUGGUUUCCUCCACCUGGUUGCAGGUGAUUGAAAAGGGAGGCAGAUGGCGAACAUUUCUCAAGUCCAUCACUGUCCCUUCUGGCAUGUUUGUGUCCCUGGCUGGUUUCCUCCUCUUCAUGAGGCGAUACCCAAACUGCAGCCUGUCGCAGAUCAUCUCCAGCCUCCGAGGAAACCGCACGCUACCAGCCAACCCUCCGAGGGUCAACAUCCAGGACUACAGCCAGCCCAGCCCUCAGCCCUCGAGCUACUACAGUCACCAUCAGCCGCCUGGAACACCGAGAAAAAUGACCCCCAGAGCCAGCCCCUCUCAUACCGGUUACUCUCCGGUCAUGAUGGGAAGUUCAAGAGCCGAGAACCAGGAAGCACACAGAUCACCAGCUAGGAGCUCCCCAUGUCAUAAUAUAACCACUGAGCGGCACACAUCUCAAAAUGACGAGGAGGAGAGAAGGAUUUCUUUUCCAGUGCCUGGGGCUUCGGACUGCCUCCACUCCUCAGAGGACUGUGUUCAAUUCCAGAUUAAGAAGGAUGGAGAUACAAAAAGGUGGAGCCAAUCACAAGGAUACUUCUCCACACUGCCACUAGACACAGAAACCUCAGACUCAUGCAGUGUUUACACUUCGGAGAAACUGAACUUCUUAUAAAUCAGAGAAUUGGAGCUCCAAAAGGAAAAUAAAAACCGUAAAGCAUUGAGAAACUGCACUGUUUCUCUGAUUGAAGAAUGUGGUUUUGGAAAAGAAAGACUUCACCUGUGCCUUGCAUUUUAGUCCAGUUUUAAUGGUUUGGUAUUAAUAUUGCAUGUGCAUUUUCUUAAUAUGAUUUUCUACAGCAUGAGUUGAGCAUCAUCCUUCCUGUCUCAUAUUACAAAUUUCUUGACACUGUUGAUGGUGCUUCUGAAAUCUCCCGCUGUAACCUACCUCAGGACCAGUAUGAUGUGCACUGUAUUUGAGUGUUGAUACGAGUAUGUGUGUGGUGUGAUCUCUAGGGCUAUCUAGAAAUUAAAGUUGUGGUAUAAAAGUUUGCAAAAAGGAAUUCUUAAAUACUGUACAGUAAUAGAGAGUUAGUUGACGUGUUUUUCUUCAUCCAUUAUAACCAUUCCUAACUACAACCAUUCCUAAUAACAACAACAUUUAAAUAUCAUGUUUAAUGUCUGCUAUGCAGUCCAGUGAUUUUAUACCCUCAAGGUAACUGUUGUAUUAGUACUAGCUAUAGCCUAUCUAUCUGUAAACUCUACAAGAUAAUAUCGUAAGACCAAAUAUUUAGUAGAAAAGGUUGGACUGCUGCUUGUCAUUUUUUUGGACUAUCAAAAUGUCAUCUCUUAAACAAUAAAUAUAUCUUUACCACUCA